GCUUUCUUGUAAACCUUGUCCGUGUCGUGUAGAGUCUUUUACUGGGUUUGAGAUGUCUGGACGCGGCAAACAGGGAGGUAAAGCUCGCGCCAAAGCUAAAUCUCGCUCUUCCCGAGCCGGGCUGCAGUUCCCCGUGGGCCGCGUGCACCGCCUGCUCCGCAAGGGCAACUACGCCGAGCGCGUGGGCGCCGGCGCCCCCGUGUAUUUGGCGGCCGUGCUGGAGUACCUGACGGCCGAGAUCCUGGAGCUGGCGGGCAACGCGGCGCGCGACAACAAGAAGACGCGCAUCAUCCCGCGCCACCUGCAGCUGGCCAUCCGCAACGACGAGGAGCUCAACAAGCUGCUGGGCAAGGUGACGAUCGCGCAGGGCGGCGUGCUGCCCAACAUCCAGGCCGUGCUGCUGCCCAAGAAGACCGAGAGCCACCACAAGGCCAAGGGCAAGUGAUUUGAUAGGCAUCUGAACUUCCGGAAACUACAGUAAACCCAAAGGCUCUUUUCAGAGCCCCCACCCAUUCAAAUGAGGAGCUAAAAACACUCAGUAGUACCAAGCAGAAUCUGAUUCCUGUGGAUACAUCUUUCCAGAUGCCCUGUGUUCUUGUGGCAACCUCUACUUCCCCACCUUGCCCCAGCAGCCAUUCUGAAAAGGAAAAUCUUUGAGAAUCUUGGCACUUGGUGAAGGCAAGAAAAACCAGGAACCACCUUGACAAACACAUAUUAGAAUUCUGAGGCAUUUUUUAAACAACGUGAUUGUAAAGUCUGAGCUGAGAAUCAUCAGACUGGGGGGAAGCCUGGCUUCAAAGUGUCCUCCUAGUCUGGGUCAUCUGUGAGGACCAUGUUCUUUCAGCCUAGCAUUUCACGUAUGUGGAAGAACUUGGGGGUUUUAGGUCAAAAUUACUUCAUAUGAGGCUUGGGAUCCUUUUCAUUUACUUGCCAAUCUGCCCCUCAGUUCUCACACUCCCUAGUUGUGUGGCCUGGGCCUAGUUAGUUACUUCACUUCUCUCUGCUGCCAUCCCUUGUAUCUUUAGUCACCUUGCUAUGAGAAAAACCCAGUUAAGCAGUGUGGGUUUAGAAAUCAGAACAGGCUGCUCAAGAGAGAUGGUGUGUUGCAUGUUUACUGUGUAAGACACGGUUCUGUGUGUUUCCAGCAUAUGGAUUCAUUUCAUCUAUUUUAGAGGUGGGUUCUAUCCCUAUAACAGAUUUAAUGGUGAGGAAACAGAAACAGUUAAAAGAUUUAAGUCCCAAUAUCAGGAAUGUAGAUUUUAUGCUGGUGAUUAUUUCGUAAUCAUUCCUCCCUUUGAAAGGAAAGUCAGAAAAAUGGAAACAAAAACAAUAAAAUCAAUAUGCAGUGUGUGAACUUUAUCCACAUACUAGAAAGUUUCUGAUGCCAUACUAAACUCUUAAGAGUUUAAGGUAAGGAGGGUUGAUUUGCCCCAGAUCUACAUAAAGAGGUAAAUCUUUACAAAGCAUUAGCACAGUGAAACAAGGAAGAAAAAAACAGGCCAAUAGCUGCUUGAUUUAGGUGUGGUAAAUGAAACAAAGCAACUUGGUAUGGUAGGAGAUGGCUUUCUAAGGUCUAUAGACUUGAUAAACUGACUUAUUAUGCUAAAUAAGGAAAAGAGAUUGGGAAGACUAGGUUUGAAUUCUCCUCUGGACUCCAAUAACAAAACUUUUUAUUUGAUUAGUAUUGAAUGAUAACAUUUAGUAGUGAAUGAUACUUUGCUCACCAGAAUGUUUUAAUAUUGGCAAAACCUCCAUAAAGUAAAGGACCCCAUCUUGUUAAAUUGUAGAUAAUCAGCAUAGAUCCUCUUCCACCUUAAUUAAUACAGGGACACUGAGUAAAUGUUGAGCUCUGUGAAUCCCUGGCUAGGCAGUCAGGAAGCCCUUUGUCCUACAAAGUCAGCUUCUCACCAGGAAGACAUUAAAUACACAUCAGACUUAAGCUGCCAAAAAAACACAUUUGUUUUCCAAUAGAAAGUGCCUUCUAAUUAUUUUGCAUUGAGGAGCUCUUUGGGGUGCUUCAAAGAAACACAAAAUGCCAGUUCAUCACUUAUUACCUAAGGGGAACAGUAAGAUCCUUCCCUCAAGCAAAGGACACCCCUCACAGCUAUGUCCUAAUUCCCCAUUUCCAACAAACUUCUUUACUUUGUAGUUUGAAAUGUCACUAUUUCUACCUGAAAGCCCUGGUUACUUCAGGAGGAAAUUCUCUAGUUGACAACAAACUCUGCAUAGUUUCAGAUGGAUUCCAGCCCUUGACCUGGUCUCCAUCCAGCUUCCCUCAAGGGUCCUGUGGAAACUAAUUUGGGCCAAGUUCGUGAGAAUGCUAUACACGGGACUCCCAGUUGCUGAAGGUACCUAACACCAGAGACAAAUGUUCAUCUCAGAUUUACCUGAGCUUUAAGGGUGUAUAGAAUCACCUGGGUGCAUAAGUUACUGCAUCCUAAA